UCGGUUGAUAUACGUUUAAUUGAUAUUACAAGUUAUUCUAAUUUUUACUAUUGUUUGAAUGGUGGAAAUUGAAAUAACUCUUAUUCAAUAUUUAUUAAAAAAAUUUUAUACAUUGUGGUUGACGUUUCAAUGUGUGAGGUUAUAUUUUGAGAAUGUAAACAACUUGAGUUGUUAAACAUCAAAAUAAAGCAAAAUUCACCAAUGAUUUGGCCUGAAAACUUAUGUAGACUUUGUGGAAUUAUUAGCUCAGUCCAACAUUCGGUUUUCAAGCUAGUGGGAAAUGUAACAAUUGAAUAUAAAAUCAAGAAAUGUCUGAAUAUUUCUAUAUUCAAAGACGAUUACAAACCUCAACAAAUCUGCAACGAUUGUUUACUAAAAGUUGAACAGUUCUCAGAUUUUGUCGACGUCUGUAUAGAGGCGAAUCAAAGACUUGAUUCUCUGCUUGUGAGUAGGAAUUCCUGGUCAGAAGUAAAAAGCUCCAAUGUACCCUUGUAUAUCCAACAGAGAAGUGUGAUAGUCAAUUUGAAGAAUGGUAUUGAAAAUUAUACAAACGAGUCCAUAGAUUCAUUGCCUCUAGAAAAUCUUAAUGUACCUUUGCAAGAUGAUGUGCUACAAAUUGUUGAAAAUACAAACAUAUAUACAACAAAUUUACAAGAUAAUAUAACAAAUUACAUGAAUACAGAAACAAGAUAUGUACCAUAUUAUCCAGAGUGCAAUAGUACAGUCUUGAGGCAUUCUUCUAAUGUAGAAAGUUUACAUAACAAUUUAUAUUCGGAUAAUGACAUGAAUUAUGGGUUUACUAAUAAAGAUAACGCACCUCAUGAAUUGAUCAAUAAAACUUGUACCGAUUAUUUCUCGACUGAAAAUCAACUAAAUUUCGAUAAAUGUUUUGAUGAAAAUAUUGAUGUUGUUAAUUUCAAUACAAGGGAUGAAUGCGUUCAAACUGAGGAUAUAUUGAAAUGUAAACCCACAGAAAACUUGGUGUCUGUAGAGUCAGUUAGAAAUAGGUUGAAUUUAACAAAUGAAAUUGUUACAACUAAAGCUAAACCGCAAAAACAACAUAAAUGCCCACACUGUGAUAGAAUAUUCAUGAGAAGGAUUUCUUUGAAUUCUCAUAUAGCUAUACAUACUAAAAACCGACCUUUUGUGUGUUCAAAAUGUGGAAAGACAUUUCCCAUCAAAAGCGAAUUAACUGUACAUAAAAAAAUACAUUCUGAUCAGUACCAAUGUAAAAUUUGUCUGAAAACUUUUGUGGUGCCAAGCAAACUAGAAAGACAUCUCAGAACACACACUAAAGAAAGACCAUUCAAAUGUAAUUUUGUUGGUUGUGAGAAAACAUUUUCUGACCGAAGUAAUCUAUUCGAGCAUAAGAGCACACACCAAGAGACUAGAAAUUUGAAAUGUGCAAGUUGUGAAAAAUAUUUUAAAACAAAGAGUCAGCUAAAAAGCCACAAACUUAGUCAUAAGUCUGAUGUUUCAUACACCUGUGAUAUUUGUAAAAAAUCUUAUAAGUAUAAAACUAACCUGUUCUUACAUUUGAAAAAACACACUGGUUAUACUUGCCCUUUUUGUAAUUUAAAUUGUGAAAAACUCUCAGUUUUAGUCAAACAUAGGAAAAAGUGCAAUAAAAAUGAAGCAAAAUAGUUAUUGUCUUUUUUU